CUCAUUUGGCCUCCACUCUCGUUCGCCUUUUACUCCCCAUACAAAAGAACGCUGGGCGUGCUUGCUUCCCAACUUCCCUCUUUCUAUCUACGCCAUGUGCAAUGGCAGACGCAGCUCAUCCUGCUAGCACUCCUGCUUCCUCAUCCACUCGUGCAAAGAAACGCAGCCGGCAGAAGACCAAUCAACAGAAAAGAGCCUAUGCACAUGAUGCUUUGAUCGCAUUCGAGCACAACCGAACUUUUGCAAAUGCAUUUAGGGCUUGGCUUGCUCAUGUGGAAGAGACGCUUUCACCUGAGGAACACAGAUCAGCUGCUAAAUUUACAAGGGCUAUGCGGUCGUUCAGCUCGAAAAGCUCUGGAGAACCGGACUACACUGAGACAGAGCGUAUAUCUGCCGACACUCUUGCCCGAUGGGUAGAUGAUCUUGCUUGGUCUCUUAAUGUAAAAUUUACACUUGAUGAGAACGCUGGCAAGCUCAAAACACCGACAGCGCGGAUCGGGAAUAAUUUUCGCUCGUUGAUCCAUUUCCUGGCUAGUAUACAUGCCUUUACGCAGAGUGAUGUGAGCUAUUUGCUUGAUGAAUGCAGGGCCCUCGCAGAUGACCUAAACCGGACGGCGCGGGUCAAUCGAAUCAUGGAAGAAUAUGCCAUCUAUGUUCAAGAGGCAUAUUUUGAUACAGGACGGACAGUGGACGAAACCUAUUAUGGAGAAUACGAAGUCGAAAGGAUCGCCGGGCGACGAAUCCUCGUUUUGCGGAGAUAUGAUCCUGAUGACGAUUCAGAUACUUCAAGCACGUCUUUAAGAUCGUUUACGACAUAUUUCCCUGCCCCACUGGUCCAGAUUGUCAAACGCGGUGAUACGUUAACUCUGCAGAUCUGCCACCUUGAGCAGAACAAGGCCUGGGUUCCGUACAUGUAUUCUGGAUUCACGCCAUCCAGAGAGGACGCAGGGACCUCUACUCCGACGGAAAGACAAAUAAGAGCUUCAUCUGGACGAUCCGGAGACGAUCCAACAGCCGUGCUACAGUCUACGCUAAUGCGACUCGAAAUGUCACCACGCCGGCGGUCCGAGAACAGCCCUAGCCCAGGAUCAGGGCGACAUGGUGCACGCUCCCGGACGCCUCAGCGGGUCGGCUCGGGACAUCGGCCGCCGCCUCCCCAAGCGCCUGGAUUCGACUUCACAUUUGACGAGGCGAAGUUUACGGAUGAAUAUUUCCGUGCGUGGGAUGGUGACAUUGACUCCGACGAGGACUUCUCGGACCUCGUGCGCCCGCCAGAUCCUGCACUAGAUGACGAACCUGACAGUCCUGCUAGUGGCGAUGGCAGCUCUAGCAGCGAACCGUGCGUGAAUUUGUACCAUGCGUUGAGGGAACGGCAUAUGCAUUCAUAACUGCAACAAUGUUAAUAUCAAUGAUGAUUGUGAUCGACGCUCUUCAUAUCAUGACUUGGCAAAGCCACCAUUCCAUUUUUGAUCUGCGGCUCCAUUUUUCAUAUUCAUAUCUUGCGCCCGCAUUUUUCCUCCGUGCUUCCGCUCUUGCUGCUUGAUACGUAUGUCUCUUACCGUCCGAGUCAUGUACCCACCUUAGAAGAUCCAUGCAUAUGAACGAUAGAC